AGACGGCAGAUGUGCCCAAUCAAACGACGAGCUCUGGUCAACAAACAUUUUUGAAUCCAACCGUCAGUUAUCAGUGUGAUAUGACUAUAUCGGGUGGAUGUUAUCACCGUGAUGUGAGAGUAGAAUUGUGCUUUUGAUUCCAUGAUACCGAUUGUGACUACAGGAAAAGGAUAUUUAAAAUGAUAGCAGUUAUGAGAUCGCCGAGUGUGCAUAAUGCAGUAGGGAUGGCGGUGAGGACAAACAAGGAAACCACCAGCUUCAAGCUGCUGGAGGAGGACAGCCUGGAGGAGAAGCCCACCCCUCACAUGAAAAAGGUUGUGGGACUUGUACUGGAGAAGAAGGACCUGAAGGAUGAGGAUGUUACCAACAGUUUUCGCAAUCUCAUGGAGUACCGAGAGGCUCCGCCAAGUCCGUCGGCAUCCAGUGCCUCAGCGCUGGAACCGGAGGGACUGGGGUCUCCAACCACCCCGUCAUCCCCUGUCCCCCAACCUGUGGAUGACGAGAGACUCCCCAACGAACUGCUGGAUGAGAUCUGUGAGGACAUCGGGAUGAAGGAAGGGAUGGAGCUGGACUUUGUGGAGUUCCUCAUGGAACAGGACAUGCCCGACCCACAUUCAUAUAUGACACCAGAAGCCAUCAUGAACAGUAGUAGCUUCAGCUCUGGAUCUCAGACCUCGAUCUCGACAGUCAAACAGGUCUCAAGUGGAUUGAGAAUGGAGAACUGGGGACGGCCUCUGAGCAGUCCGGUGGUGAUGUCCUCGACAGUGACGUCUGGAACAUCAACCGUUGUGUCCAGCGGUGCCAACUCGCCAGUCAGUAAACGCUUCCAUCCAUCUACCUCGGGAGAGUCGAGUCCCACCAAGUCCACUGCUCCUCCUCUUCCACAAUCACCACAUGUUCUGCCCUCUCAAGUGUUCAAAAUGCCACAGACUCCCCCAACGCCAAAACGUCCGUUAUCGUCUGGUAAUGCUGGUCGCCAGUCUCCCAGCGUCCUGCCACCGUCCAGUCAUUGUGAUGAUUCUUCAAGUCGAGACACGGUGCCCUUGUCACAUUGUCCCAUGACACCAAGCAAAACUAGGUGCUACUCCCCCAAACCAAAUCUGCCUUCAUGUAGUCAGCAGUCCCCACUGCAUCAAAAACAUAUUCCUCAGUCACCGAACUCACUUCCCUGCCAUCAGCCCGGUACUUUGCACUAUGGCCAGUCACAUCAAAUAGGCUCAAAUAGGGCUCCCUCUAUGCAAAAGUCUGCCACGGCUACAAACUACCAAAGAUUGGGCAAACCAGCCCCACCUGUUGUGAAUGUGCAGAAUAUGCAACACCUAAGAAUGAUGAACCCAAAGGCUGCACACACAAAUGUUCAAGGUUGUGACUCUUUGACAGUACAAACAAACACUCAGUAUGGUCGGUCGUUGGAUUCUCUGGACCAAGGCUACUUCUCCGGUGACACCGGUAGUGUGAGGAGCUAUGGUUCCAACAUGUCCAUGGGUAGUGCUGAUCAAAUGCAUGUAAAGACUGAGGAUGUGUCAUCAAUGAUCCCAUCUAUACAACAAUCAAACUCUGUGCAGCCGCCUCGUGUGGCAACAGUCGGACAUGUUCAAAUGCCACCAAUGCCAGCCAUACCACAGAAAUCGGUUCACUUUGCUGACAUACCCGGGUCUGAGACUGGGUCUGAGUGCCAAAACCAGCAAGGUGUGGACUAUAACGGUGGUUUUAAUUCCGAAUGUGGUUUCGACCUCGAUCAGGAGUUCCGAGAAAAUUCACAAAAAUCCAAAAUUCUUCCUCGUAUCUCAGCAAGCAUGAAGUCUGAAGUAGCUCCAUACACUGUUCCGGGAGGAAGCCCUUAUGAUUUCUCCAAUAGGAGUAGUUGUGGAGUUAACCCGGGCAGUCGGCCAGGCAGUGGGGGGAGCCCUGCUGUCAACAUUCAGCAGUUUGACUUUUCUGGCAAGGGUCAAGAGAAUAACAUGUACUAUGUAGACAAUAAUCAAAACAUGUUGAGGGUGGAGACAGGUGACUUUAACCAAAUGGGGGCGUACCAGCAGAAUCAAACGUAUGCACAGCAGAUGAACGCAUACCGGGGGAUGUCUGUGACUGACUCUAUGAAGGCGUCAUCAAUGGCACAACUUCAACAGCAAAACGAAAUGUACCGAAACCAGAUGUCUUUGCAGUCUGGUAACUAUGACAAUAGCUGCUCUGUGGCAGGCUUGAACCAAGGAGCUAACCGUAUGAUGGGGGCAAACCAGGUUGCUGGAACAUACAACCAGCAACAAGCACAGCAAGGUUCUUCUAGCAACCAGCAACAGUUCAAUCAACCUCCUAGUUCUUGUAGCACACCAAGAAUACACACCCAAGCCAAUAGCACAGUCACGGGACCUUAUGGCACAAUGCCCUCAACGUCAGGGUAUGAUCAUGGCAUGUACAACAAUGGCAGUCAGACACCGUCACGGAACAUGCAUCCACAAAUGUACCAAGGACAACAACAGCAACAGCAGCAGCAGCAGCAUGCUGGGAACAUGGGACCAGGGACACCUCAGCCCUGGUCAAACCAGGGAACCGCUGCUCCCCAGACCCCCCAGAACAUGCAGGAUCUCUCCCACAUGAAACAGACUCCCCAAAACCCCAUGCAACAAAUGAUGCCCCCAUCGACACCCCAGAACCCACAGUGCUCUCAAAACAUGCAAUCUGGGGCGUCACCAAUGGUACCAUGCACUAUACCAAAUUGCCAGAGUUGCAAGACGGGUUCGCCGCACCGGCCGCCCAUGCUUGCUUCUCAACAGACUUUUAUACAGCAUCUUAUAACGGAUCGCUCGAAUGCGUUCAGGUCACAUCCGCUGUUCCCUCUAUUGCGGGACUUGAUAAUUGCUGACAUGAACUUUGCUUCUCCUUCGUUCCCAUAUCAGCUAAUUAGCAACUUGCCAGCCGAGUUUGACAAACUUUUACAGAACUUUUUACAUCGGAAUCCCCCCACUGGAAAUUAUCAGGGCAACUUUGCCGUAGAAAGUGUCAUAAUGGAUGCCCUCCGAUAUGCUCACCAGUGCUUAAUAGAGAAAAUCCGUGUUCGCCAGGAACAAGACAAGCACACGAAAGCCACAUCCAAAUCACUCAGUGCUAUUGAAGAGUUUUGUGAGAAGUUUGAUCGAGCUGUUCGCAACAGUAUUCCAGAACAAUCAGCAUCAGUAAACCAUGGCAAUCCCAUGAUGCUCAGCUCUGGGCAAAUGGGCGGGACUCAAAUGGCAGCUGGGCCAAUGGGCUCGCUCGGUGUAGGCCAGGUAGUCAAAGAUCCCAAAUAUGGCAUGAUGGAUCCAUCAAUGACUCAGGAAGGAUUUAUCCCCGCUAUGGGUAAAGGGAUCGGACUUCCAACUCUUGCGUCACCGCAAUUUCGCUCCAUUAAGGAGGCCCAAGAUGCCCUCAGCGAGGCUGGCAGUGCCAUCAGCAACAACAGUAACCAUAGCAACAAAUCGGAGUCAAAGAAACAUCCAAGUCUCCCCAAAGAGGCUGUGGCAAUUAUGUUGGAAUGGCUCCGAAACCACAAAGACAAUCCCUAUCCCAAUGAUGAUGAAAAGGCCAUGCUUAUUAAGCAAACUGGAUUGACAAUAAACCAGAUAAACUAUUGGUUCACGAACGCAAGAAGACGCAUCUUGCCGAAAUGGGCCCAGUGCAAAUAGCCCAAACGUCUAUGCAAGUGCUGAUUCAUAUGUGCUUUUUGACUUUGGGAAAAAAUAGCUAUUUUGUGUGAUGAAAACUUUCCCUUUUGUGUGGGGAGUGAAGGAACAAAGGUCAACAACGCUGACACUAGAAACUGUUCUCCUGUGGAUUAGAAAGUGCUUAAAGGGAGAUAACUCUUGACUUUUACUCAUGUGCCUUACCAAGGAAUUACUGUAUGAUUCUGUUGUGAGCUGUUUAUAUGUGCCAAGCUGAAGUUUUUAGUUAUAAGCAAACAUGCCUUACUCGCUACAACCAUGAUAACUAAAACUGGCCCUAAAAAAAGAUUUUAAUCAUAAUUACAAAUUUAAAAAAACAGUGACAUGUUAAUGAUUUUAUUAGCAUUUUUAAUCUGUUGCUAUUUUUGGCAAAAUCAUUCAUAUUCAGAUAAAACUAAAAAAUAUAUACUUAGUCUGGCAGUGAUUUUGCUCCGAUCAAACAACUUGCGAACAGUUUUUUAACUGCAAAAAUAUAUACCUCUAUGAAUGAAAAAAAUGAACCACAAUCUGUAAGCAUGUUUACAUAUAUUUUUGCAAAUUAUUAGUUAGGACAUAUAUAUAUUUUGUCAGCUUUAUCUGUAUGAAGAUGCAUGCACAAGCACCUACAAGUUGAUCACUGUGUGUUGUGUCCGACAAAUGAAUGUGUGUAUUUCUGUAAUAUACGACGUGUAGAAUAGCAUUAUACAUAUGUAUAUAGGUAUAAAUAGUUGACAGUGAUGUGACCACGCAUUGUCACUGUCGUGUUGACUACUUACUAUUCAUGUAUUGUUAUGUAUGUAUGUACUGCGUUGUGGAAUCUAUGUACAUAUCAUAUUUUAUUGUGGAACAAAUGUACCAAAAAGAGCUUGAAACAAACCGAACUCUCAUCUCAUUCUUUUUUAAAAAGGUUGUUCUUUUGUUUGCAUACAUACUGGUUACUUUUGCAUCACCGGAGUAUUUUCUUUACUUUUUUCAUAUUUGCUUUUUUUUACAUUUCGACCCCUUAUGUUCUAGAAUUCAUAUUUAGAAAUACUGUUUCUAGUUGAAACUAUACUGUCAUUAAGCAUCUUUAUGAAGUAGGGUUAAGUAUUUGACCAAAAAUCAACCAUGUGAAGAUUUUGGGGUUAUUUUUUUCAUUUGUCCAUUGAUCAUGAGAACGUGGUCUGGCUGUGUACGUCAAACUUUUGGGAAUUUUAUGCGAUAUGAAAAAAGCCAUUAUUGAUAACUAAUGUAAAUUUUCAGAUAUGGAUUGGAAUUAUGUAUUUUGUUUUAGAAUUUACCAUUAUUGGAGGAUAUUUCAAAAACUGAUUAUCAGUAUGUAUGUAAAUAACUUUGGUGACAAAGGCGACGACGAUGGCGGCGUCCUGCCAGUUCUGUGAGGAUUGUUUGCAAACUGUCCGCUAUUCUUCUCUUGUCUUUCGUUUCUUUCUACUGUAGAUGACACUACACGCUCCACCCACCCACACUGGUUGUUAUGUUAAUUAGUGACAGGCAAAUAGUAUCUUGUAAUACCAGGCACUUCCGUAGAUAAGGACGACAGUAUUGAAAGGUUGAAAGUAAAUUCUUGUAUGGUAAUGUAUGCUAAUGAUUGUUGAAGACAGUUUUCAAUGCAUUUCUUUAUAGGAUUCUUUGUUACCUAGUAUUACAAGAUGGUAUUUUGCUGUGUUUUAAUCUUUACAAGAUUGUUAUUUAUUUAUUGGAAAAUCUUUAAGUGACUGUAUGUCAUAAAGGUGAAUGUUGUGAAAGUGAGCCUUAUAUUUAUUUUUAAACUGUGCAUGGUUUUUUAGCUCAAAGAGUAUGGAGUUGCUUAGCAUACCAUGUGACAUUUAUGUCAAUCACUUCUGUGAAAUCAACGAAAAGUAUACUGCUGACCCCCACAAUGCAUUUAUUGUUCUAUGCAAGUAGUAUCUCCUUUAAGAGAAUGCCAAUAACAUCACUUAUGAAGUCAAAAUGAUAGGGGGAUAUGUCAUAAGUAUUUUGGAUAAAAAAAAUUUAAUCAACUGAAAUUAUAUCUGUAACAAAGCAAUUGAAAAUCAACGUCUUGUGUCAUUUGAUAUUUUCAUCACAACCGAAAAAUUACAAAAUAGUUUUGACACAUCCCAAUAAAUGAUGUUUGAAGCAGAAUGUAUAUGCUGUGGAAAUGUCUUAGUUUGGAUCGAGUCAAUACUCAUUGUUAGAUAUCACUUUUGUUACACAUUUUUUUUACAGUUGCACAUUUAAACCAAUUACAAGCUUUAAGCAAACUCAACUGCUGUUUAGAAGUCUGUGACUGAAUGUCAAUUGUAUUACAGCAAGUAGUUGAAGGUGCUGGCUCGCUAUGCAAAGAACUUUGUUUGUCUUCCACUAAGAUCUUGUUUUAUCUUAGAUCAAUUGUCAACAUUAUUGCGACACUAUAUUGUUUUUAUUUAUUCCGACACAAGUGUUUGGAGAAAUUUUUCAGUUUUUCAGUUAACCACCUCCAUAGGAGUCACAUUUCAGAGAAAAAAAUGUGGUUUGGUUUUUUUGGAGCCAGUUUGAACAAAAAACUGUUAUAUGGCAGUGGUUUAAAAGACGAUGACACAAUUGUCCAUGGGUAUAAAGAAAUAGCUCUGGUGCCAUAAAAUCGCACCCUCUAAUAGAGUUGCAUCAACUCUGCUGGGGUUAACUUGAAAAGUUUAACCCUUCAGAGGGUAGGAUUUUGUUGCAUAAUUAUUAAAACAAUCUUAAAUAUGCAUUGACCAUAAAAAUGGUGUGCAUUAUAUAAAUGGAGUGAAGAACAUUCUUGAUGCAAACAUGAUCUUGUAAACAAAAUGAUCCAUCUUAACUGCUCAACAGACAAACACACAGGGUGUAUUUUGAUAUAUUUUUUUUUCAAAAACCCCAUUUUAUGAAAACCACUGUAUGAAGCAUGAGCCAUGUCUGUGUCUUAUAAGGAACAAUGUCUGAGGAUCAUUAGUAUAUUGUUUCAUAUGUUUCUUAUGUGUACAUUUUUAUAAUAAAGGUAUAUUUUUAAACCUU